AUGCAGCAAUCCCCAGAGUCUCCUGCAAGCCAGAGAAGGGUUUCAAACGCGUGCAAUUAUUGUCGAAAGCGCAAGAUAAGAUGCUCAGGCAAGCAGCCAUGUGGAAACUGUCACAAGCGCAAGAUUGCUUGCCACUUUGAUGAUGAUCGCAAGAUUGCGGUCUCGGUACGAUAUUUACAGCAGUUGGAGCAGCAAGCAGGAGAUAAAGAUUCGCAAACAGGUCCAGAGAAUGGCCAAUCAGCAAGGCAGUCCCGCCUGCGGCCGUCUCCAACUCCGGGUUCGUCGCCCAGUCGCUCCAGCGCAGAUGUUUCAUCGAAUCCAUUGGUUUCUGCAACUUCUUCAUAUGUCAGAGAUGGAAGCGGGAGAUUCCGUUUCAUGGGUCCAUCAUCAUCAGCGUCUUACAGCACGCGUGUCUUCUCCUUGCUGAGGCAUCACUUCCCUGACGUCUGCACUGUGGAUUCGCCUGUCAAUACUGAAAACAGCACCUAUAAGCUUACAUGGCCAAUCAUUGCUACAGACCAUUUACCUGAUCUUGGGGAUCUGCCUUCGCUCGACUACUCCCUCUACCUUGUGAAUACCGUCAAGUUUCAUGCAUGUCAACUACUCCGUCUAUUUGACGAGGACGAUUUUGUCAAGAACCUGCACGAGUUUCACCAACUUGGUCUAUCCAAGGCUCGAUCAUCGAGACUGUGGUUCGCUCAAUAUCUACUCUUGGUGGCUUUGAGUAAAGGCUUCAUCUCCACACUCAGAAUUCCUGGCACGCCACCAGGCUCAGUUUACUUUCAAAAAGCCAUGUCCAUUAUGCCAGACUACGUGAGCCUGACGCGAGAACCGCUUCUCGCCAUCGAAGUUCUUUGCAUGGUUGCAGUGUACCUGAUGUCUGUCGACAUGCAAAAUGCUGCAUAUGGCUAUAUCCAUCAAGCGCUAAGCCUUUCCAUCAUUGAAGAUCUUCAUCGAGAUAUGCCUCCUACCGUCAUGGACCAAGAAUCUGCUCAGCGAUGCCGCAACGUAUGGUGGACAGUAUACGUUCUUGACCGACAACUUUCGUCCAUGAUAGGUGCUCCAUGCUCGAUCCAAGAUGUAGAAAUAACCAGCCGCCUACCCUCAGAAAUCGACGGGUCUCAGCGCUGUGUCAUCUUUAGCAUCAAUGUGCAGCUCUCCAAGAUGACUGCACAGGUAAUCAAUUCUGUUUAUAGUGUCAAAGCAGAGUACCUCAAAAUGGUGCAGGUCGUACUGCGGAAUAUGGCUAGUAUUGCGCAAGAGAUCAAGGGCGUCGUUGAGGCAAAUCGUUGGGGGACUUUAUCAUCCGUCUCUGGCGUUGCCAAUCGUCUCAUAUUGCUUUACCACCAUUGCGUGGUUCUCGCCAUUCGCCCCUUGGUGCUUCAACUAUUGAGUUGGUAUUUGACGCGGUCAGCCGCGGCAGCAGAUACUCAAAAGCAGUUCUCCGGUCCAAUUAAAAAGAUGCUCGAAACGUGUAUUCAAUCGGCCUCGCAUAUAAUAUGCACCCUGACUACUCUUCACGAACAUCAUCUGCUAGGCAGUUUCUUCUUCUUUGACCUUGAACACGCUUUCUCAGCUGCAUUUGUUCUCACAAUUGCGGCCGUCAUCAUUCCUUCAAUGAUCCCAGACUUGGACCAUGAGGCGGCUAUUCACACAAUCUUUGAAUAUCUGAUUCGCAGAGGGAGCAUUCCUGCUCAGUUGCGAAAACACGAGCUAGAUCACCUGAAGAGCCUCCUUUCGCCGCUGUCGGCCGAAAAUGCUACAACGCCAGGAGCCGACCGAGGUAACGCCUCGGCCGUUAUUGACCAGACGCUCGAUGCCGAAACUAGCAUGUCUGAUGCAGAGGUUGGGCUAUCUGCGACCAACAUGCUAUCGAUCGCAGAGCAGCUGGAUGCCAGUGAAACUGUGACAGGAAUUGAGUUUCUAUCACCGACAUAUUGGCCAUGGUCCACAGCCGAUGAGACCAGUAUUUUCCCGGCGAAUUGA